ACUGCGUUUUCGAGCUCAUUGAGAAUGAAUGAAUCGUUUCGUCCCGUUCAGUUCCGCUCGGUUCCGUUCAUUUUUAUAGUGCGCUUCCCGUGUACGUAAUUCCGCUAAAACGCUUUGGAGUUGAAUUGCGCCAGUUUGUAAUACGCGCACUUCUCAAUUUUAAGAAUUAAGUUUAGACUAUGUAACUAUCGCGAUGAUUAGUCGGUCAUCACCUCGGCUUUUAUUCUUACCUGAAGAAUUAAAGGCAUGGACAAUAUUGAACACAGUGAUAUUUGUUUCUCCUGGUCGGACAGUGUAUGAGACAUUUUUAUCAGCCAGCUGAACCUGUAUUGUUGUAUGUCAUGCUGUAAAGGAAAACAGUUGCGAUUGUUAUAAUCUGAUUGGCUCUCUCUCCGAAGUAAGCUAACUACACUGCCCACCCUCUGUUUAUAUGAAUGCCCUACAGUUUCUUCCUUCCAUUGAGAAGAAAAUAGAAUCGCGGGCUCAUGGCUUCUAAUGAUUACCGUGGUUACUCUCAGGAUCCUUCCGAAAUGGAACACGGUCAGGCUCGUUUACAUCCCAUUCAGAGCACGAGAGGGACCUGCAGACCACUCGUUCUGGGAACGCUGGUUGUUAUGGGAGUGCUUCAGGUUGCAUCGAGUGUCGCGAUUUUGUUACACCUAACAGGUUACCUACAUGAGGUGGACUUCUCUUCAGAUUAUUCUGUCACGGAGAUGCCAGAUGAGGGAGUACAGGUUGGACCAAUCCGUGCUGAUGCACUGAAGGAUCCGAGGAAAAAAGAGAGGCAGAGAUGCUCAAAGCACCAAAGGGAGGCAGUGCCAGCGGCCCAUCUACCCAUCAUGGUCCCCAUCAACUACGUCAAGAAGGGAGAAAUUCAAGCAACGAUGAUACACUGGAAGGAAGCCCAGGGACACCUACAUAAAAUCAGAUACCACGAUGGACGCAUUUUGAUCCAAGAGGUGGGACUUUACGUCGUAUACGUUAAAACCUGCUUCCGGUACUAUGAGGAACUUACUAAGCCAGAAUUUCUGCAAGACGGCAACACGCAGCUCAUCCAGUACGUGUACCAUGAGAAGCACACACAGAACACAAUCAAACCCAUGGUCAUUAUGAAAAGUGGGAGCACCAAGCGCUGGAAGAACGGGGUCUACAACAUGUACUGUGAGCAGCAGAGCGGCAUCUUUACAUUGAAGGAGGGCGAUGGCCUAUUUGUCAAUGUGUCCAACUCAUGGCUGUUGGACCCAGAUCCAGAGGGGAGUUACUUUGGUGCUUUUAAGAUAAGUAACUGAACGCACGCAUCUUGCUACUGAACAUGGUUGUGCGUGCGGCCCAACCUAUGAACAUUUUGAUCAAGAACCACUGAAAACAUAUUUGCAAGUUUUGAGCUUUUGUACAGUAUGUGUCAAGAACGAUUCUAAGAAUGUGCGGAAUUUCAAAAUUCAACAACAUUCUUAUAGUAGAAUUCAGUGCAACGCUUCCUAUUCAUCAUCGUCUAUUCAGGGUAUAAUUGAAAAAAGUAAAAUUUUGGAAAAAAAAAACACUAAAUUUGAAAUUAGCAACUAGAGAAUAGCCUUUUUCAAAAUUUUCUAAAUUGAUACUUAUUGUGAUUGUUAUAAUGUAGCCUGACAGUUACAUGUCUCUUCAGUUUCUAAAAUAUUGCUUUGCAAUGUAUGUGAGUGAGCUCUUUUGAAACUCCUAAUGUGUUUUCUAUCCCUAAUUUUAUAUAUUUUAUUUAGCUUUUGUACAAAAUUUUUACAGUCGUUGUUGUUUUUUUUUUUUUUUACAACUUAAACAGUCAUGCAUAAUUUAAAAUGCCUUUAUUGGUACUGAAAACUGGGCACUGCAUCUGAAUGUAAACAUUCACUGUCUGACCUUUGAUGUGUCAAUAAUAAUGCGACAGUGGUCAGUUUAAUUUGCUGAAUUAAUGUAUUAUAUGUAAAAUAUCAAGCAUUUUCUCUAUGAUUUUGAUACAGAUUGAAAAGGCUGUGUAAGACCAAAACUAUAACUGUGAGUAAUCUGUUACAGAUUCAGAAAAGCACACAAGCCUGACAUCCCUCUACUGCGGUAGCGUAUGUAUUGAGAGUAGUGGUGACAGUUUGUGGUGUUUAAGUCUUUAAAGAUACAGACAUGUGACUUUUCUGUGUCGUGUCCCAUGGAUGCAAUAAGGGAGGAUUCUGCUAAGUUUAUAAGGCUAUUGCUGGUCCUACGGGGUAAUGUGGUUGAAACUGAGAGGAUAAGGGGCACAUAUAUUUUCUAUAAUUAUUUUGUAAUAAAGCAUGUAUUAUGUAGAUUGAAAUGUUAAGAAAAUGCAGUAUUGUGGCUUCUAAGGAUGAGAAUGGCUUAAGUCAUACUCAGGUUGUGGAGGUCCAAGGUUCACGUAUCUCUGUGUUUUUUAAUUUCUCUUGUUAAAUCUUAAACAGUAACUCCCAUGCUUAAUAAAUCACAAAGCAAGGUAUGUCGUUUGUAGGUAAUUCAUUAAGGUUUGUGUAAAUACCAAUGCUUUUGUCACAAGUGACUUAACAGUCAGUGUGGUGUGAUGCAUUUGGUGCCUAAGAUUAGAUGGCAUGCAUAAACAUCAAUCUAUGAUUUCCGGUAAAUAAAAAAAUAUAUGUAUAUGCAUUGGUGCAAGAACAAUGCUACAGCUGUCGAUAGUUAAAAAUACCGCAGCUGAUGUUUAGACCAGUUUGGCCACAAAAGUGGUAAGUCUGAAAGAAAGACUUAUAUACGCUGUAGCCUCCAGGAAGCGAUUUUGACAUCUGUGAGGUGCAGCGUAGGGCCGCCUUCCUCACUGAGGCCUGGGCUCUGCACCUUUGGUCACUUCAUACGCUGCGGCUUCAGUGAGCCGUGGUCUGCAGUCCCGAGCGUUAUGUGCACGGCUCUAAAUGGGAUGUGGAAAUAAAUAGGUUUUGGACGAAAAGCAAAAUACACAGACAAUUAAAAAGAAAAAAAAAACAUGAGCUAAAGAUAGCUGGACUGUCUGCCUGUCAUUUUGAGAACUGAAAAUCUUAAGCAAGAUUGUGGUGAGACCAAAUUGACUUUGGUACAUCAUUUAUAAAUUAAAAACAACAAUCUUUUUUGUGUUCGCCUCAUAGCAGGGCGUCGAGGAAAUGCACUUAAUUGUAUUUAUUUAUUUGUUUAUGGACAAUAGUAAUAAUUCACUGACAGUUCACUCUAGAAUGUUCUGUCUAUUGAAAAAUGAAUGUACCUGUGUUUGCAUUCAUUUGUUUUGUAGUUUUAGGAAUAUUGACAGCACUUAAAAGAGUAGCUUUGUUGUAGUUAGCUUUUAAUCAAAGGUGCUUUUCUCUUACAUGAAACAGGACAGUUUCUCUGAAAACUAACUCCUGAGUUUUUUUUUUCCAAAUAGACAAUUCUGUGUGCAAAUGCCUGAGACGCCAAAGCAUAAAAUAGUUAAGUUAUGUAAAAUAGCUCAAUAAAAUGUGUUUUAUAAUAUUUGUUAUUUAUAUCUCUUAAAGUAACAAAAAUAAAUACUUUUAUAAAUA